CCACCGCGGGAGCGUUCCCUCCGGUCUCCUAGCAACGGCGAUGGACCGCGAAGCGGAGGGUCGCGCUUACCUGGCGCAGCACAAAAUCCCGGAGCUUUUGCACAACCUGAGCGCCUUGCUGCUCUACCACCGGCCAGACAGACCAAGAGAGUUUUUGAUAAAGACGCUGGAAAAGAUAAAGUAUGCAAAAAUGACUUCUACGGACUUUCCUUAUCUUUUGGACGAGGCAAACGUGGAUGCAAUGUUUGAAAUGCUAGACGUUGCAGGCCAAGGUUACAUAACCAUACCACAGUACAAAGGAGCACUUGAAUCUUUGGGAUUAAGCAUCCAGGAUGAAAUUUAUAAUGAAACUGACAUUAUGACAGCAGAGGAGUUCAGGGGGAAAGUGAUGAAAAAAUUUGCUGAAAUGUGGGAAGCAUUUUAAUCUUCAGUGUUCUGAUCUAAAGCUGCUUGACUUCAUAUUUUACUUUUGAGAAACUUAGUAUUUCCAUUAUAUAUAGUUAACUUUUCCUGGUGUAAUAACAACUGCAACAACACUAUAGCAAUUCUGGAAUUUGGCUUGUCAAAUAAAUACUGGGCUCAUUAUAGCCAAAAUUAA